AUCCACGGGCCCUUCACAUACUAACCCCGAGCCCGAGCACUGCACCGCUUUCUCUUUCCGCUUGCUUCGCGUCGCGGAGCCGCGGAGGAAGGAAGACCCACGGGCGCGGCGCGACUCCUGCCGCUGCCGGCACCGGCGAGCAUCGGCGGCGGCUGCUGCGUCGGAGGCAGGCAGGCAGGCAGCCGCGGAUGCACCCAUUCCGUCCUCCGCUCCGGCGACGUUGAAGAGGUCGACGGCGCGCGCUUCGCUCACCACCCGCUUCUCCUCCGCCGCCCCGCCCGCGUGGAGAGAAGAUGAUGGGCGCAGCGAGGAAGAUGGCGACGCUGGUCGUCUUUGGCCUGCUUAUCACCACUGUCUCUGCAGGAAGAGUGAGUAUGCUCUCCUCUCCAACAUCCGCUGAGCAUCUGGGACGCUCCUCACUUGCCUCGGUCACCACUUCCUCAAGCAGACCAACAGAAUCUACAGUUCGUAUUGAUUCUGUGAUUGGCUGCACUCCAAAGGAAGUGGCGAGAGAAUUGGUAAUCAAUUGCCGUGAGCCUGUCAAUGCUCCAAUGCCAAUUGAGGCUUGCUGCGCGGUUGCUGUCGGCACUGUUGGAAGGCCCUCCUGCUACUGCUUGGUCAAGGAGGAGGCUGCCUUCGGGAUGUCGCCGCUUUUCAACAUCAGCAACAUGGCGCAGCUGCUGGCCAGAUGUGGCGCGUCAAUCUACUUAAACAAGGCCCUCGACAACCCAUGCGAUCGGUCAUACGAUGAGAAGGAAACAGCUGAGUGCACAUCGCCUCAGAUGACACCCAAGACAGACAGUUGCAAGACCGCCAAGGUGUCAGGUUAUGUUGCCUGGAUACUGGCCGCUGUGUUCGCUGGGUUCUUGGCUUGGAUGGUAUGUUGCCAACCAGCACCGGCAGCACAAGUUGUGUACAUGCCAGAGAUUCAGUUGGUGAGGCCUAGAGGAAACCGUGAUGAAGACCAGGGACCGAGAGCAUCUGAUGCAGGGGCUGGAACUAGUGGCAGUGAUUCAUCUGAUACAGACUCUGAAGAUGGUGAAGAUGCUGUUUCGCAUACAAGUCAGGACCUCAUCCUGGAAGGGAAGAGGAACCGCAACGCGAACCCGAGGUUCGUUGGAGGUCCAUGGGUUAAGAAGUGAAUGAUGAAGGCGAAGUAUGCUACUUGAAAUAUGCUGAUGGCUUGCUGUUGAGGGAGAAAAUCUUGUCUUGGUACUGAUUGUAUGAUCGAUUUUGGAGCAACUAUGACACAACCGCACUAGCUGUGGUUCUAGGGAUACCAGCGAUACCAUUUUGCUAUAUACACAUGGUCUUAGAAUAUUGCUGUAGCGUAAGAUUCCUCCCUUGUUGAGAUAACACAGCGCUUAUGCGUCAUACUGUAUUGCAUUCAGGUGGGGAUUUUGAUUC